CACCAGACAGACAGGGGGUGAGACGAGCUAGUGAACCCAAAGGUAUGAAGACGGUGACUUCAUCAGGUACUUCUAGGAUAUUUUGACUGAAAGCGGUCUGCGUUUUGACACUUUUACGCACAAGACAAGACUUCAUCUGAGGACGUGCCUGAUUUUACUUGAGAUUCCGAUACAAUUUGGAUUUAAAACUAGCAGUAGGCUAUAGGAUAAAUAAUAAUAGACAACAUGAAACUUGAAGUAUUCUGUGGAAACCACCACAACGAGGUGAAAUCUUUGCAGGAGCUGUGCAGCGAUGCCGAGGGCAGCGUCCGCUCGCCUCUCUCCGGUGAGGAGGAGUUGGGUUCGGAUGGGGACUGCGUGGCGCACAGCCCGCCACCUGUCACACCCGGCGCAGACGGCAUAGGCAUGGGCAAACCGUACAUACGGAGACCAAAACCUCCGUACUCUUACAUCGCACUGAUUGCCAUGGCUAUCCGUGACUCAACAUCUGGUCGUCUGACUCUGGCAGAGAUCAAUGACUAUCUGAUGACAAAGUUUCCAUUCUUCCGGGGCAGCUACACUGGGUGGAGAAAUUCGGUGCGCCACAACUUGUCACUUAACGACUGUUUUCUAAAGGUCCUCCGGGACCAGUCCAGACCAUGGGGAAAAGACAACUACUGGAUGCUGAAUCCUCACAGCGAGUACACCUUCGCUGACGGAGUGUUCCGACGCAGGAGAAAGCGCAUCAAUAAAAAGACAGGCAAAGAGCAAGACGUCUCUGACCAUGCUGCCGACGAGAAAUCGCAAGUCACCAUAACAUCCACACCACCAGCCACUACAACCGGACCCAGCAGUGUCAAGUUCUCCAGUUCCUUCGCUAUAGACAGUAUCCUCAGCAAACCGUUCAAGAGACAGGAGUGGGCAGAGGAUUCUCCCACCGUUGCUGCAUUAACGUGGCCCGGUUACACUCAGAUGAUGCCACACAUUAUGAGAGGAUCACCUGUCGCCUUGCCACAUCACGCCCAGUCGGUGUUCCAUGUGGACUCAUUCGCUGCGCAUGUGCUGAGGGCAUACGGUGGUGGAUUUUAUUCAGAGAUGGACAAUCGAAAAGACAGUUACCCCGCAGAAUAUUAUUCAAAGGCAUAAUCAGUUUAACAGAUCAUCUCUACAGUACCAACGCCAACUACUUAAAAGAGCUGACGCUUACCACCUAUUACAAAUAGACAGUUUGUUGUCGUAAUGGACCCGAGGGGUGUAGCAAAUGGAAUGAAAACACUGGGUUUGCACGUGUGUACUUUGCCAGUUAUUAUUGUGUAUCAACUAAAUGCAUUUUAUUGCAUUACCUUAAAUUUGGACAACCAGUCACCUAGACAGGGCGUCGUAUUAUUUCAUCAGGACAUUUUAGUAUGGACAUUUUAGUGUGGGAAGGAGUAGGCUUUAUGUCAUUCCUUUGAGGUUCUGUGGUAAUUUCCCUUUAAAUCAAUGGCAUUUUUUUGUGCUAUACAGUGUACAGUUUAUGAUGUAUAGAUUAUAGGCUAUUUAUGUCGUUGGUUAGUUGAAAAGUUGUUACUGUCGACAAUCAGUUGACCUUCAGAACAUGUUGUUUAUAACAUUUGGCAUGUCAUUUGUGCAAGUCGAGCUGUUUGUGUGUUUUUAUUUUAAAAAACACGAUUAAUAUUUGUAAUAAAGAGUAACUUUAACGUUGAAA